AGCGUCAAUUUUUCCCAACUUCCCGAUGUCUCAGGGGAUGAAAUUCGUGGACGCCUGGGAGGUGGCGGAGCGUUACCAGAUGUGGCGGAAGACACUGUUUCACCCACGAGGGCGCGGACCAUGAAGGAUUUUGAGAACCAAAUCACUGAGCUGCGGAAGGAGAACUUCAACCUCAAGCUGCGCAUCUACUUCCUGGAAGAGCGCAUGCAGCAGAAAUUUGAUGGCCCCAAUGAAGACGUCUACCGAAUUAACAUUGAGCUGAAAGUCGAAUUGGAGAGCCUGAAGCGAGAACUGCAGGAGCGGGACCGGCUGCUUGUCAAAGCUUCCAAAGUGUUGGAGAGCUUGUCGCAGGGCGGCGAUGCCGAGAUUCAGCGCCUGAAGGAGGAGGCCCAUCAGAACAUCCAGCAGGUGGAAGAAACGUUGGCACGACGGAUAAGCCUUUUAGAGGAGGAGCUAAAAAUGGCGCACGAGGAAGCCGCGAAAUCCUUUGCGAUGACGGAACGGGAGAGGGUGCUGAGGCUAGCCGCUGAGCAGCAGCUUGCGCUGAUAACAAACAUGCAGGCGAAGGAUAUGGACGUGGUGGCGGCGCUCGAAGAGAAAAAUCGACAAAUAGAGCAACUGAGUCUGUCGCUGAAAAAGCAAGAGGCCCUAAUCCAGCGCUUGGAAGAGGCUGCAUCUCAGUCGCAGCCGUCGGAGGAGAGUUUGUCAGCAGAGAAAGCCCAUGCGCAGCCUGUCUCCUGCGUGCAUGAAAAAGAGGAGGAACUUGAGGCUCUCAGAAGGGAAUUCUGCAAUCAAAAAAAUGACUUAGAAAAAAGAAUUCAGUCACUCCAGGAGGAACUUUGUGCAAGGGAGAUGGAGCUUUUGGAGGAGAAGAGAAACGCUUUGAAACGGGACAAAACCAUCCAAGGGUUAACCCUGGCUUUGAAAACGAAGGAAAGUGAGAAUGAAGAACUUGCAUCUGAAAUGGAAGGCUUCAAUGCGUCCUUGGCCAAAGCCCGGGAGGCGGCCCAUAAAGCCCAGCUGCAAAAAUACAAGGGGGCGGAAGAUUCCCAGGUCCUCUUGAUGGAAAAAGAGAGCCUGCUGGCAGACCUGCGGUCCGAAAACCUGACCAAAGAUACGGAGAACCGUAAGCUCCAGAGGAGGAUGAAGAGGACCGAGCAACAGCUGAGCGAUCUGCAUCUCGAGAGGGAGAAGCUGGUGAAGGAACUGGAGGAAGCUCAGCUCCAGAAGAGCAGAAGCGACAAGACCGUUAAUGACCUUCGGAACCAGCUUGAGAAAAUGCACGACGAAAUGGUGGAGAAGGGAAAGGCCAUGGAGCGUCAUUACAGCGUCCUCUUGAGCGAAGGCAAUCAGAAAUUGCAGAGUCAAGAGGCGAUCAUUGCACGGCUCAUGGACAGCGUGGCUCAGAAAGAUGAGUUGCUUCAGAAACUGGACGGAGUGGUCAAAGAAAAGGACACAGAACUUCAAGGAUGGUGUGCCAAGUUUCAGAGUCUUUUAAAAGAUCAAGAGCUUCUUCGGAAGGAGAACGAAGACUUGAUCAAGGAGAAAAGCACUCCUUCAGACCAGCGGCCGAUGUCCCCUGAGAUGGAGAGAUCGAAGGAAUCUCAAUACGCCGACAUGCUGGAAGCCCUCCGGAAAGAGCGUGAUGUUUUUUCGGCUCUCAUCGAGUCCCUGAAGGAGGCGGAUGGCAUAAGUAACCUGCAAGAGGAGAUGAACAGCAUCAUCUCAUUGCGGAAGCAACUGGAGGAGGACAUCUUGGCUACCUGGCAUUUGCGGAAAGUUCUGGAAGAGCAAAUCAAGGAAAACAGAAGGGAAGAGGAAAGUGUCUCAUCUUGGGGUGAUCAGACGUCUUACAUGAGCAUUUGUUUAAGAGCACGGGAUUACCUGGUCUUAGAGAUCGAUCAGCUUUCUCUUGAGGAACUGAAGAAAAAGAUCACAGAACUCGUCUCAGUGGUGAAAGAGUUGCAUUUGGAGAACGAGGACCUCCGAAGGAAGCAGCUUGAACUCUCCACCUCGGAUCCUCUGGCCGAGGAAGGUCAGAAGUCGUCAGACAACAGCGAGUUUCUGGAAAGCACGGAAGUUGACAAAACUCUGACGGAAGCUUUCGACGAAGAGUCAAACAUGCUGAGUUACCCGUGUCCCGAGACCGUCGGCGAGGUAAUUCCUUCUGACUGUUCGGAUCGACAGCACAGGAAUCUAAAUAAGCCCGAGCCGGAACAUGAGUCGGCUGUCGGCAAAAUCUGCAGCGCGAGCGUGGCGGGUGAAAAAUGUGGCGCUCAGGAGAGGAGUGUUCUCUUAAAUGAAACCAGCCCAGCGCUACACGGAUCGCACAGACGAGCAGAAAUAGAAAUUGCAAAUAUACCGUUAGAUCAUCUGAGCCCGCCCGAGCGAGGCGGUUCAAGCGACGACCAUGGGGAUAAAGAUGAGAAAGGUCUUGAGCGACUCGUUAUUCAGCAGAGGCCGGAAUCCAGAAAGCCGGCCCAAGUACGCAAAUCCCCCCAGCCUGGAGCCAUGUCCCAGCCCGCUUCAACGGAAAAGGACGCGCUUGACGCCAAGCCAGCACCGCUGAUCGGCGUUGACGUGGAACCGUCAGAAACGGAAGCAACGGAGACAGCUAGACGAACAGUGACUUCCGAAGGGUUGCCGGUGAGGCAGCAACAUGAAGGCAGCACGGCGGCCUCGGGAGACAGAGGGAAGUCUUCCAGAUUUGACGAGGACCGCUGGCAGAGGGAAGCCGACACGAAGAGCAAAGAGCAGGAGACCCCCAUGCGGACCCAGAAGGCCAACAAAAGCGAUCUUUGUUACUCCACCAAGAAAUCCCGUUUGCCUGUUUUGCUCAAACCCUCAAGAUCCUUAGGAAGUGUCUCCUCAAGUGCCUCCUCCCAGAAGCCGGACAUGCACCUCCUGCAUCGCAUGUUCAACCUGGACGAAGGUCUGAAGGGAAGAUACAUGGAGGCCCAGCCGCUGAAGGAUGAAUGUCCAUCCAACGGGACUGAAAAGGGCACCUCUGAGCAGGAAGGGAUAUUAGCUGGAGUGGAAUCCUUGAUCAAACUGGAUGACACCGAAGCAGAUGUUAGCUUGUCCAGCGUGGGAAGCCAAGACGCCGCAUCGGGCAAGGAUGGAAGCACCAGCCAAGUUGAUCCAUCGCUCAAACUGCAAGGCUCCGAAGCAGACACCAGUUUCUCCAGCAACAGAAGCAAAGCUGACCCCAGUAGCAAGGACCAAAGCACAGGCCAAGAAAUCGAAACCGACAAGCCCGAGUCAAAUCUACCGAGUCCGGAUCCCGCCCCGGCUGUCCCCACGAAGCUGGAUGCGGACACAAUGACCACUGCUAGCCUUCUGUCUCUCCAGCCGAGCGUCGCGGGCGUUGAGGCGUUCGACUGCGAAGCCACCGAUGACAUCAAGGAAUUGAAGCAGAGAGUUCAGGAUCUGAAGUCCGAGCUGGCCAAGUACCGCACGCUGGCAGCCAAUUUUGUCGGGCCUAACAAAGAACUGCCUUCUGGGGAUGCCCUCGAAGUGGUCCAGGACGGAGGAGAACGCCUUCCGGACAAUGGCACGCCCCUGGUGCCGGACAGCGGCAAGCCUGAGUCUCGGACCUCCGGCGACCCCCAGCAAGCGGCCGGUCCGAUGCCGGUCGAGGAUCUUGCCUCCCGCUUGUCCGAGCCGCACCACGAAGCCUUGGUGGAAAAGCUCCAGGAGCUGUUGUCGGAAAACGAGGUGGAGCUAGAAAAAGAGCAGAUUGCAAACAUGCACCUCCUGGACAAGGUGUGCCGCCUGCAGAGAAGGCUGAAGGGGGUCCUGCUGGAGGGACCCGACUCCCCCGUCAGAUCACCGGCACCGGAGGACCAGUGCCAGAAAAUCCGAGAGAGCCACACCCUCUGUGUGGCUUACCGCCAGCACCUGACCAACCUGAUCCGAGCGUUUGAGGAGCUCCUGCAGGCGAGCGAAGUGGAUUAUUACGUUGCCGAGGGCUUCCGGGAGCAGCUCAACCGAAGCGCCCGGCUGUUCGAACACUUGGAAGAGCAGUGUCUGUACGGAGGACCCGUAGAGGACGAGGCGGCUCAGCUCGGGGGCCUGACCCGAAGCUUGUCUUACUCAGAGAUCUCCCAAAAAUCAUCCUCUUUGGAACCGCCCGGGCAGGACAAAGCCGCGGCUCGAGGCGGAAAUGAAACGCUGCCCGUCACACCGUCGAAGCUUCCCCCAGAGCUCUUAAUGGAGCAUCUCCACGAGAUUCGGAUGCUGAGGCACCAGCUGGAGGAGUCGAUCAAAACCAACGACCGUUUGAGGAAGCAGCUGGAGCAGCAGGUGACGGACUUUGCACGGGACCAAGGUUCUGCGAGCGCUUGUAUCCACGGCUUGGAGCCACGUAACUCCCGGUCUUCUGAAAUUCAUUUCCUUAGAGACCAGAAUCAGCUUCUGAAUGUAAUGCUGGCAAAAGGAUCUCAGGACAGACAAAAGGAAAAUGAGAAAUUGCGCGAAUCUUUGGGGAAGAAGAGCGUGACUCUUGAGCACCUUCACAAGGCAUGUGAGCUCCUCAAGAAGGAAAACCUGAAGCUACAAACCCGGGUGGGAAAGCAAGAAGGGGAAAACGGCCGCCUGACGCAUGAAAUUUACAACCUCAGGAAUGAAUUGAACAGAUUGCAAAUGGAGCUGAGCGCCACCCAGCACCAGCUGGCCAAGAAGGACCACCUGCUGCCCGCCCUGCAGAUGGCGCUCAAGAUGUAUGAGAAGUUGGACAACGCAAUCAGAAGCCAGACAGAUGGCAGCUGGGAAGAAGGUUGGAAAGAUCAAAAUCCUCCGCUUGACUUGAACCCGGUGUUGACCGAAAUACAGACUUUGAGGGCACAGCUGGAAAGAAGCGUCACGACCAGCCAGAUGUGGGACGGCAAACCGGCGGAGCCGUUUUGGAGCGGAAAGGCCGAUAGCGGCGGCUGCAGCUCCACCGUGACUAUCAGCCGCCUUUUCAAACAGGAAUCGCAGCUGCACGCUGGGCUGAACGAAUUCAAGUUCCCCACGGCCGAGGGCAGCAUCCUUGAACUGCAGCAGAAGUAUGGGGACCGCCUCGCGCCUCUCAAAGCAGACACAGAGCCGCCUCGGGACCCUUCGGACGCCUCCUCCCGUUGCAGUUCGUCCACCAGCAGGUCCCAGGACUCUUCCCUCGUCCCCCGCCAUUGCGUGUGGGCAGACAAGAACGGCCGCCACGUCCUGGGCUCCAUCGAAGACUACAACUCUUUACGGGAGCAGAUCACAGAAGGGCAGAAGCUGCUGUCGGAACUGGAGCUCCCAAUUAAAGACAUGGCGCUUCUGGAGCCGGGAGCGAUGGUUUUCCACCAGGCCUCUCUGGACAGGCUCUCUGCUGCCGUCGGCGCGAUCCGGCGCAACCUGGAGGAGGCGGCCCGCCUACUGAAGCUUCUCUGGAGGGUCUCCCUGCCUAUGAAGGUUGUCCACGGGGCUGCUUACUCGCUUCAGGACGAAACCUUGAGAGCCGAAGUGCAGAAGCUCCGUCGGAAACUGGCCGAGCAGGAAAAGAAACUUCACAGCACCGUCAAGCACUUGCACUCGACCAACCGUCUAAAGGAGAACAUGGAGAAGGUCAUCAUUGAUCAGUUGGCUCUAACGCACGACGUCUUAAGGAAGGCGCGAGGCAACCUGGAACUACAGCCUGCAGAAAACAAAACUUCCACCUUCAGCCCUAGCAAGAAGAGAGUUUUGUGAAGGCGACGCUUCCUGGAAUAAAGGCCACUCCCUUUCUUGCUAAGAAAAAAAAAAACAUAUUGACUCCUCCUUCACUCCUAAAGCCUUAAUGAAUAAUGUUGGUCAUCCUUCACAUAGGUUGGGUCGGACCGCCAUUCCCUGACACCCCCACGGCCCUUCCCCAUGCAUCUCUCCUGUCUCUCCCCCAACCCACCUGGCCCACAUUGUCCAUAGUGAUGGGGAUUGUAUUUGUUUCCUCUGUCUUUUCCUUUCUCUUUUGUUUUCUUGAUUAUUUUUUUAAAAAGAAAAUAACAUAGGUACUAUUUUUACUUGUAGGGCUGGCUGCUUAAUUAGUCGCGGUACUUUGCUAAUACCAGAAAUCGGAGCUUAGAAAAUGUACUUUUUUCGCACGCCAGCUGUCAGAACCUGGUGGUCCAGAAAAGCCCCCCCCAAAAAAACUGGAGAAAUCACAGUGCAAAAAGGUGUGGGUUUUUUUUGGGUGAUUUUAAGAAGGAGCUCCACCAUUAAUGGUACGAGACAGCAACAAAGGUACGGGAUUUUUUUUUUUGGGGGGGGAAUAUCAACAACCUCAAACAACCGUUUCUUAAAGUGUUGGGCGUGGCUGCCUAAGCGCCAGACACCUGGAUAACAGCACUUGCGUCUCUUUCUGAUUUUGGUCGUCCGAGCAAGCCGGUCUUGCGUUUGGGCAAAGCGAAAUUGAGCCAAACAUGGCUCAGCUUUCACAAGAUGUGUGUCACCUUUUCUUGGUGUUGGUGCUGAAUGCAAUGCCCGUCUCGUUUACAUUUUUAUAGUCUUUCAAUCUGCAGGGACUCAGAAAGGCUGCCUUAAUAACUGACCAACAACAUGUCCUUUCUCGGGAGCCCUGCCCCGUUCGGGGGCUCCUCUGCGCACACUUAAUACGUGAAUCCGGGCGCUUCCCCAUUCACGUAACUUUGUAAGCACAACCAAAAACACUUUACUUCCAUGGAAGCGAAUUUGGGGAGAGGGUGGCUCAACGUUUCCGUCCAGAGGAGAAAGGUGGAACGUCAUUUCCUUCCUCUGUGAGCGCUGCCCGCUUUUUACGGCACAGGUGGCCAACCACGACCCUCCAGAUGACCUAGGCGGCAUAGUUAAUGCUGGGGGAUCGUGGGAGUUGUAGUCCAGCAAAGGUCACAGGGUUUUACCCUGGUUUUCUGGCCUUCAAAAAUUGUCCUGUUUCCUUUACCUGUGCCUGGUAAAGUACAAGAAGCUGUAGAGGAACAGAAGGGCCUUCUUUGGGGUGGCUCCUUGAAAAGGAUAUACUUUGCCCUGGAAGCCCAUUCCAUUGUAGGUCUUCCAUGCCACCAUUCCCAACCAUUCCUUUCUAGGCAUUCCUGCCCCGUAGAUGCGUUUUGGAAAUCUUACGGAACGUUUCAUUUAUUCCGCUGGGUGUCCGUGUGAAAUGUUUGCCGUUGAUGUGGAUGCUGUCUUUUUAUAAUGUUCUUAUUAGUGUUGUCAACAGCCAUGGACACGGUCUUUUGGCCAAGGAGGUGACACGUCUUCUAAAGCAGGCCCCCCCUCUCAAACCCAUCCUCCCAAGACCACCAGCCAUGCUGACUGGGGGGUGAUGGGCAUUGUAGUUGAGAACAUCUGCAGUGUUGAGGGAGGUUGGCGUUCGAGUGUUUCAUUCCAUAAAAUAAAAAAGAAUCCAUGGAAACUGCAAGGGAUCUAAAUAUUUAAAACACAGCUAAUUUCCUUCCACUUCUGAUUACGAACCUAUUUAGCAUCUCUGCUGAAUAAUCAAUGGGGAAAAAAAGUAAAGAGUGUAGAAGAUUUCCCGUCAUGAGAAAUCUAGGCUGAUACUAAAAUGCUGGUCCCAAAGAGAGAGUACAUCAGUUUGAGUACAUCUCCUGAUACGAUUCGGUGGGACUUAUACAAGGGUUGACGUGCCCUUCAGUGGUUCGUUCAGUGGGUUCAUCUUCUAACUAACCGUUGGAUUUGAGGUUGGCCAAGGUUUGGCACCAGGGAUGGAAGAACAUUUGGUUUUGCGAUUCCCAUCCGUCCCUGGCUCUUGACCCUGGUACAGAUAAAAGUUGAGGUCUGGAGGAGAAGGAGGAAGGGACCGGUUUCUCAAUCCCCGAUUUGGCUCGAUGUGUAUGCCAGCCUUCUGGGAAGAACUGCAGUGGAUGAUUCCCUGAUUCACAAGUCUUGUCCUUUUCAGGGGCUUUGUGCGGUCAGUUGCUUCCUGCUCCUUCAUCUUGGUCCAGCCCAGGAGAUGGUACCUUCUCCUGCCAUCCUUUGAUGCCCUUUGACCAACCAAAAUAAAAUCAGAUGCUCUGCAUUUGGGUUGAGGCCAUUUUUGUUAAACACCAAUAGCUUGGUGUUAACAAAGAUGGACUAGACCCAGUUGGUAGUCCCAGCUGGGGCAGACCCACGGAAUCAUGGGGAUUGACCUGCAUUUUGAUUUCCUUGUCCUGUUGCCGUUUUUGGCGGGUCUACUCUGGUUGAGAUGAGCAAAUGGACUUAGGGCAGUGAACAUCUGUAGGACCCCAAUCUUCACUUCACUAUAAACACAAUAAUCAAAAUGAGGACCCGCAGCAUCAGCAAAGUGGGCCACCCAAGCUUCUUGCCCCUGUGUGUGAAAUGAUGGGCUUCCGUCUGAGAUCACGGCUGAUCCAGAAGACGGCUUUCCGAUUCCUUCAGAAACCACAUGCCCUCGUUAGCUUUACUUUUGCACCUCUCUGGAUCCUGCAGUCCUCAUUGGAUCAAAUUGUACGGUACAUCUGUGGCUGUAAAGGGGG